GACAGGACAUACAGGUUUGCCUGAUUAGGUUCCUUCAGCAGGGCAGGGCACUCCUAAGAUGUACCACAACAGCCAAACACCUGCUGAAGGAGACAAGGAGAGGAGACAAGGAGAGGAGACAAGGAGAGGAAGGCGGUUGCUAGGAGACGGUGGAGUUGGAGCGGCACUGCAUGAUGCCAGCAUGGCGCCUGUACUACCCCCUGUUGGUUCAGAGAUCUUCAGACGCUUCACGCCAGCCUCGCUGGAGGAAAUCCAACGGCGACAGGAAGUGGAGGAGAAGGAGCGCCAGAGGAGGAAAGAGAAGAACAUCGAGAUUGCAGAGGAAGAUCUUCCUAAACCAGCCAGUGAUCUUGAGGCUGGGAAGCCCCUCCCAUUCAUCUAUGGAGACCCGCCCCCUCAGCUUUUCAACACCCCAUUGGAGGAGCUGGAUCCCUUCUACCAAUCACAGAAGACAUUCAUCGUGAUUGGUAAAGGAAACAUGAUCUACCGUUUUAACGCCGAGCCAGCCUGUUACCUGCUGAGUCCAUUCAGUCGGAUAAGGACCGUCGCUAUCAAGAUCCUCAUCCACUCUUUAUUCAGUAUGUUCAUCAUGGUGACGAUUAUCACCAACUGUGUGUUCAUGACGAUGAGUGAUCCUCCAGCGUGGAGCAAAGCUGUAGAGUACGUUUUUACAUUCAUCUACACGUUUGAAGCAAUGAUCAAAGUUCUGUCGAGAGGAUUCUGUGUCGGUGGUUUCACCUUCCUCAAAGACCCCUGGAACUGGCUGGACUUCAUGGUCAUCAGCAUGGCAUACCUGACAGAGUUUAUAGAUUUGGGAAAUGUUUCUGUGCUGAGGACGUUCAGAGUUCUUCGAGCUCUAAAGACCAUCACAGUCAUCCCUGGUCUGAAGACGAUUGUUGGAGCUCUGAUCCAAUCAGUGAAGAAGCUGGCUGACGUCAUGAUUCUGACCGUGUUCUGCCUCUGCGUCUUCGCUCUGAUUGGUCUGCAGCUCUUCAUGGGAAACCUGCGGCAAAAAUGUGUCCUGAUACCACCACUGUUUCGUAGCAACCACACGUCUGGCAUUGACCUCAACACCGGUUACCAUGGCAAUGACACCCACGGCAACAGGACAGGAAGCGGUGACUUUGAUUACAACGAGUACAUCAACAACCCAGAUAACUUCUACUUCCUGCCUGGUCAACUUGAUGCUCUGCUGUGUGGGAACAGCUCGGAUGCCGGGGUCUGUCCGGAGGGUUAUGUCUGUCUGAAGGCGGGGAGAAACCCAAACUACGGCUACACCAGCUACGACUCGUUUGGUUGGGCGUUUCUGUCUCUAUUUAGACUGAUGACCCAGGACUUCUGGGAAAACCUCUUCCAGCUGACGCUGCGAGCAGCAGGUAAAACCUACAUGAUCUUCUUCGUUGUCAUCAUCUUCCUCGGCUCGUUCUACCUCAUUAACCUCAUCCUGGCUGUGGUUGCCAUGGCGUACGCCGAGCAGAACGAGGCCAACAUGGCCGAGGCCAAACAGAAGGAGGAAGAGUACGCUCAGAUCCUGGAGCUGCUGAAGACGAGAAAAGAAGAGCAGGCGGCCUGCAGAGCAGAGGAUUCAUCUGCAGACACAAACAAACACGAGCAAGAACAUUCUGCCAUGGAAGAGUUUGCUGACGAACAGAGGCCGUGUCCUCCAUGUUGGUAUGCCUUCGCUGACAUCUUCCUGAAGUGGAACUGCUGUGGUUGUUGGCGGUGGCUCAAACCAUGGCUCUACACCAUCGUCAUGGACCCGUUUGUCGACCUCGGCAUCACCAUCUGCAUCGUCCUCAACACCGUCUUCAUGGCCAUGGAGCAUUAUCCAAUGACCGAGGAGUUUGAGGAGCUUCUGAGCAUCGGAAAUCUGGUCUUCACAGUGAUCUUCACAGCUGAGAUGGUCCUCAAACUUCUGGCCAUGGACCCGUACUACUACUUCCAGGUGGGCUGGAACAUCUUUGACAGCAUCAUCGUCACCAUGAGUCUGGUGGAGCUCGGACUGGCAAAUGUUGAGGGCCUGUCGGUGCUGCGCUCCUUCAGACUGAUGCGAGUGUUUAAGCUGGCCAAGUCGUGGCCGACCCUCAACAUGCUGAUAAGGAUCAUUGGGAAGUCGGUGGGCGCGCUGGGGAACCUGACGCUGGUGCUGGCCAUCAUCGUCUUCAUCUUCGCCGUGGUUGGCAUGCAGCUGUUUGGGAAGAACUACAAAGACUGUGUCUGCCGUAUCUCGCUCGACUGCGAGCUCCCCCGCUGGCACAUGUUCGACUUCUUCCACGCCUUCCUCAUCAUCUUCAGAGUGCUGUGUGGGGAGUGGAUCGAGACCAUGUGGGACUGCAUGGAGGUUGCCGGCCAGACCAUGUGUCUGAUCGUCUUUAUGAUGGUCAUGGUCAUCGGGAACAUGGUGGUCUUGAAUCUGUUCCUUGCUUUGUUGCUGAGCUCGUUUAGCGGAGAUAAUCUUGCGGCUCCAGAAGAAGAAGGAGAAAACAAUCUGCAGAUUGCCAUAAACCGGAUCAACAUGGCCAUGGCUUGGACCAAGACCUGGAUCCUCCAACAAAUCUGGACUUUAACGGGAAAGCAGAACCACUUGGACCCAGAACACACCGCGGUUCACGGUGAGGAAGAUGACAGGACGACAAAGGAUUGUUUGGUUUUGACCUCCAUGACCUUAGAUCAGCCGGGGUCAGAGGUUAAGUCCCUCGACUGUAACCAUGGCAACAGCCACGACGUUGGCUGUCCGAGGGUCCCCAUCGCAGAGGCCGAGUCGGACUUCGAGACGCCGGACAACGAUGAAGAAGAAGAGGACGAAGUCGACAAAGAAAAUGAAGAAAAACUCUCCAAAUGUGAUGGGUCGUCGGUCUGCAGCACCGUCCAGAAACUUCCUGACAUUCAGGAGGACGAAGACGAUGAAGAUGAUCCAAACACACCUGUGGACUGCUACAGUGACAAGUGUUACCGCCGCUGUCCAUUCCUGGACAUAGAUACAUCCCAGGGCAGAGGGAAGGUCUGGUCUAACAUCAGGAGAACCUGCUUCUGCAUUGUCGAACACAACUACUUUGAGAGCUUCAUCAUUUUCAUGAUCCUAAUGAGCAGUGGAGCUCUGGCGUUUGAAGACAUUUACCUGGAGCAGCGCCGCGUUAUAAAGAUGGUUCUGGAGUACGCAGACCAGGUGUUCACCUACGUGUUCGUGGUGGAGAUGGCUCUGAAGUGGGUCGCCUACGGGUUUAAGACAUACUUCACCAACGCCUGGUGCUGGCUCGACUUCCUCAUCGUAGACGUGUCUCUGGUGUCACUGACAGCAAACAUCCUGGGAUACUCUGAGCUGGGAGCCAUCAAGUCUCUGAGGACUCUGAGAGCUCUGAGGCCCCUGAGGGCCCUGUCUCGCUUUGAGGGAAUGAGGGUGGUGGUGAACGCGCUGGUCGGAGCGAUCCCGUCCAUCUUCAACGUGUUGCUGGUGUGUCUGAUCUUCUGGCUGAUCUUCAGCAUCAUGGGAGUCAAUUUGUUUGCAGGAAAGUUUUAUCACUGUUUCAAUGAGACGUCUGAGGAGAUGUUUCUCCCUGAAGACGUCAACAACAGGAGCGAGUGUUUUGCUCUGAUCGAGGCAAACUUCAGCGGGAUUCGCUGGAAGAACGUAAAGGUCAACUAUGACAACGUGGGGAUGGGCUACCUGUCGCUGCUGCAGGUGGCCACGUUUAAAGGCUGGAUGGACAUCAUGUACGCAGCGGUGGACAGCACAGACGUGGAGUCCCAGCCGAUAUACGAGGCCAAUCUCUACAUGUACAUUUACUUUGUCAUCUUCAUCAUCUUCGGCUCCUUCUUCACUCUCAACCUCUUCAUCGGAGUUAUCAUUGACAACUUCAACCAGCAGAAAUCAAAGUUGGGAGGAAAAGAUAUUUUCAUGACAGAGGAGCAGAAGAAAUAUUACAACGCCAUGAAGAAACUGGGCUCCAAGAAACCUCAGAAACCUGUUCCACGACCGGAGAAUAAGUUCCAGGCUCUGGUGUUCGACCUGGUGACCACGCAAGUGUUUGAUAUCUUCAUCAUGGUGUUGAUCUGUCUCAAUAUGGUGACAAUGAUGGUGGAGACGGAUGAGCAGAGUGAGGAUAAAGUCUUGAUCCUGUACUGGAUCAACCUGGUCUUCAUCGUCAUCUUCACCGGAGAGUGCAGUCUUAAGAUGACGGCACUCCGCCAGCACUACUUCUCCGUCGGCUGGAAUAUCUUCGACUUCGUGGUCGUCAUCCUGUCAAUCGUAGGCCUGCUCCUCGCUGACAUCAUAGAGAAGUAUUUUGUCUCGCCCACGCUCUUCCGUGUGAUCCGACUGGCUCGUAUCGGCCGGGUCCUUCGUCUCAUCCGUGGAGCCAAGGGGAUCCGGACGCUGCUGUUUGCCCUGAUGAUGUCACUUCCUGCACUCUUCAACAUCGGCCUGCUACUCUUCCUCAUCAUGUUCAUCUUCUCCAUCUUCGGCAUGUCAAACUUCGCCUACGUGCGUAAGGAGGCGAUGAUCGACGACAUGUUUAACUUCGAGACGUUUGGGAACAGCAUGAUCUGUCUUUUUAUGAUCACCACGUCGGCCGGCUGGGACGGGCUGCUGAGCCCCAUCAUGAACACGCCGCCAGACUGCGACCCCGACCUGGAGAACCCAGGCUCCACGGUGCGGGGCGACUGCGGCAGCCCGGGAAUUGGCAUCGUCUUCUUCACCACCUACAUCAUCAUGUCCUUCCUCGUGGUGGUCAACAUGUACAUCGCCAUCAUCCUGGAGAACUUUAAUGUGGCGACGGAGGAGAGCGGCGACCCGCUGUGCGAGGAUGACUUUGAGAUGUUUUAUGAAACAUGGGAGAAGUUCGACCCUGACGCUUCACAGUUCAUCCAGUACAGUAAACUGUCAGAUUUCUGCGAUACUCUGAAGGAUCCUCUGAGGAUUUCCAAACCAAACACAAUCAAACUGAUCCACAUGGAUCUGCCGCUGGUUCCUGGAGACAAAAUUCACUGUCUGGACAUCCUGCUGGCUCUCACCGCCCAGGUGUUGGGUGAUGCCGGUGGAAUGGAUGCUCUUAAAGCAAGCAUGGAGGAGAAGUUCAUGGCCAACAACCCCUCCAAGGUGUCGUAUGAACCAAUCAGCAGCACUCUGCGGAGGAAACAGGAAGAUGUGGCGGCAUCAGUGAUCCAGAGAGCGUACAGGAAACACCUACUGCAGAGGACGCUCAAACUGGCGUCCUACAAAUACAGAGCGAAGAUGGAUGGACGGGGUGAGGCGCCGCCCGAGACCGAAGGACUGCUCUGCCAGCGAAUCAGCCGGCUUUAUGGAGACGAGCCGGGGCCCCGCCCGGUGGCGCUUCAGAGAGAGUUCAUCCUCCACGCUGCUCCUCCGCUCAAUGGCACCAACUUCCUCCGAGAUGAGAACCUGAGGGAGUCAGUCGUCUGAUGACGUGUCGUUCUGUUUUCCUCCAGUGUGUGUCGGAGGACGAUUCCGAUUCAGACGGACAGAGAGACAGAUCGCAGCAGAGAUGACUCCAGGUCCAGUUUGCCGAGCAAACGCCACAGAUCUCAAGCUUCGCUGACUCUGAAAGUCUGCUGCAAGUUCUCUGAAACUGUGUUGGCUGAUUCUGUGCUCUUUGGACAUGGAAAUGUUCAUUGCUGCGUUUUCAUUUUCUGUCUGUGCUGAUGUUUUAAUCUUCUAACAGAGUUCAGGCUUGCUGACACCCUGAACAUGAUCAGCGGGAUUCUACUUGUCCAUGUUAUUAGUAACACUUAUAUAACACUUAUUGAUUUCAUAUAUAAUGACUACUCUGUUAGUCCCAGACCAGGUGAUUGUUACCUCUUCCCAGGUGUUCAUUGGUAGAUCUUUCUUUAAUCCACUUUCUACAACCACUAAAGUGUUUUUGAUUUGAGUUCAGUGAUAAGCUCCAGCAAUAAUUAAACUCUUUAUUCAAACAGUCUGUCACAACCUUCAGAUAUAUUCUCUAUUGCUGAUUUGUUUCCCGGUCACCUGUUCCCACUUCUCCCAUCAGCAGUUUCAUACUGGUGGUGAUUUACUCUCUAAUCUGCAGACAUAUGUUCUGCCCAUCUGUCUGACAUUUUUCCUCAGUCUGGCCCCUUUCGGAUAGGUUUUCAUCUGUCUUCCUGGUUUGGACUUUUGUCUCUUUUUAGGUGACAGUUAAACGUGAACUUUUUCUUCUCCUGUCUGUCUUUGAACGUGCAUCAGGUUUCUCCUUACGCAGAAACGUGUGUUUCUCUCUGCGUACAGAUUGUGUUUGCUGCUCUGGUUUGUGGAACAAUGUUUGUUUCUUGCAGACAUACGACACUGAGAAGAUCUUUAGUAGUGAUUGACAGAGCAGCCAGCCAAUGACAGCGCAGAGUCUAAAAGCAUUAAUGAGACCUGGUUAAAGAUAACUUUUGAUUUUAGACUCAAGAAGACUCAAAUAGACUUUAGGAUGACUGUUUUAGUAACGGAGCAGAACAUCCCAACCAUGAUAUGGGUGGUUUGCCCCCCACCCCUCCAAACCCUCAGGGGAUAUGGGUGGUUUGUUCUCCCCCUCUAAUCCGACCCACAGAAGCAUUUCAUUAGUUAGCGCCCUGUAGUGGUGGCAGGAAAUACGUCCUCAUAUCUAAACCAGAGAAGGUAACGGUGGCAGUUUUAAACACAUGGUUAACGUUGUGAAACGCUCCCAGUUUGGUUAGGUUUAGACACCAAUACUACUAAGGUAAGUUGAUAAAAAGAUGGAGGUUUGGGUUCAAAUCAGAUGUUCCUGAAGGUGAUCAUGUGACGCAGAAAGUUUUCUUUGCAAAUUGUCUUGACGACAUUUACUCAGUACUGACUACAUGGGUUAGGGUUAAGGGAUUAUGAUCAUACAUAUUAUAAUAUCAUGAAGAUGGUGAUACAGGGUGUCAGAGUCUGUCACCGUAUGACUCUGUUCUCGGAUCAAAACUCUACUGGAAGAAACAGGAAGAAGAGGAGUCCUUCAGAACAGACAGGAAGAAGAAUAUCGAACAUAAUAAAGUUACAGUUUAUAUGACAGAAUGAGAAGAUUAUGGACGAUGUUAUUAUAUUCUGUUUUAAAGAUACAAUAUGUAACAUUUCUGCAUUAAAAUGUCUAAAAGUGA